UCGUCCUCUGGCUGAUGAUGAGCCCUGUGGCAAGUGAGAACGGGCAGGCGGCGCGCGCUCAGUACACGCGAGAACCUGCUGAAGGCCGUUGGACUCGUACGUUGUAAAUUAUGUACAUAAGUUACUGAUAUUUUCCGGAUACACAUGAAUGGUGUGUCGGUCAACUUUGAGCCGACAAACCGAGCAGCGAGUGAGAAAAUCUGUAGACCAACGGCAAGCAUCGUCUAAACUGGAUACACGUAUCCCAAGUGCUCCGCGCCCGUGUCUCACACAGACCGAGGAUCGACGACUCCGGUGGGGAUUUUCAACCUGACAACACCGCGAGAAGCCUGUAAAAUGUAAAGAGGAAAAAAAAACGACAACAACAAACGAACCCAGCGGAAUUUUUCUUUUUGUGUUGCCGAAGCUUUUUUAUUAUAAUUUUUUUGAGCGUGUGUAAAAUAUUUUUGUAGGCAGAAAGUCCAGUGUAAAUCUCCUGUAAAUAACACCAAGGUUUGUAGAUAGAUAGCCUACUAUAUCCAGUUUUCUGUGAGUUUGCUAGCUAUUCAGUCUAAAUAACGCUGGACCGACGAGCUGCGAUGUUGCAUUUGGGUUUACUUGAAGAUUUCCGCAUGAGAGUUUGAAAUAAUAACAGUGCUGCUUACCCCAGCUGGCUUGAAAAAAAACCUCCUGGUUUCCUGUGUUUGUUUGAGCCCAGAGAUGUCUGAUUCUUUUUGAUUAGCACCGCACAAGUUGCUUCUGAAGAAAAUGUAGGCAAUGUUGAGAAGGAAAGUGAAGAUAGAAACAUUCCAACUGUCGUGAUCUCACCCUGCUUCUGUGCUUCUGUAAAGCAGCAGAGUAAAAGAGUCAGGGGAAGACGACAGAGGAAAAGCGUGACACAGUGACCAGUUUGAUCAAGGACAGCCUUCACCUGUAGCAGUGUCUUAAUACGUUAAAAGAAGUGAGAGGGUGACCACAGAAAAAGAGAGAGACGGGGACUGACGGAGGAACAAAGGUUUGGAGGAGGAGGUCUAGCAGGGGUGGGAAAGCCCAUUCCCCAUGGCUACUGACCCAGGAGAGCCCACAGGCACCGAGGAUUCCUCGGAGAAACCUGAUGGACAGAAGGAGGAGGACCCGGAGUGGGAGGGCAGGGUCGACCAACAGAGGGAGAGGACAGACAGCACCCCUUUGGACUCAUCCUCCUCCCAGACAGAAGCAGGGAGAGCAGCAACAGAAGAAGAUGGAGGAAUCAGAGGAGGUGGUGGUGGAGGAGAAGCCUCCCAGGAGGAGACCGUACUCAGACCUAUUUCAUUCUCCACACCCUCCCUACCUAUCGAUACGGGUCAGAAACGACUGAAAAGGGAGAAGCGCUUCUUCAGGAAGAGUGUGGAGAUUUGUGAGGAAGACGAUGAGGUGGAUGUGCCCACCUUGGCAUCACAUAGUGCCCCCCACCUGGAGCUGCGCUCAUCAGACUCAGUCUUUAGUAGUAGUCCCCAGCAGCAUGGGGUUGCUUCAUCCUGUGCAACCUUGGGACAUGAACUGUCUUGCACCAGCUCAGUCCAUGAGCCUGGGAAAGAUGCUCCUUCAUCUGCACCUGUACCGAGGGGGAAGGAGAGGGACCGAGAACAGGAAGAGGAGGCAGAGAUGAAAGCUGUUGCUACCUCUCCUGGAGGAAGGUUCCUCAAAUUUGACAUAGAACUGGGCAGAGGAGCCUUCAAGACUGUCUAUAAAGGCCUAGACACCGAGACUUGGGUGGAGGUGGCUUGGUGUGAACUUCAGGAUCGUAAGCUGACCAAGGCAGAGCAGCAACGCUUCAAAGAAGAGGCAGAGAUGCUAAAGGGGCUUCAGCACCCCAACAUCGUCCGCUUCUAUGAUUCCUGGGAGUCCGUACUUCGUGGAAAGAAGUGCAUUGUACUAGUCACUGAACUCAUGACAUCAGGAACACUCAAAACUUACCUGAAGCGCUUUAAGGUGAUGAAACCCAAGGUCCUUAGAAGUUGGUGUAGGCAAAUUCUGAAAGGCCUUCACUUCCUUCACACCAGGACUCCACCAAUUGUCCAUCGGGACCUCAAGUGUGACAACAUUUUUAUAACAGGCCCCACAGGCUCAGUCAAGAUUGGUGAUCUGGGACUGGCCACUCUUAUGAGGACCUCUUUUGCAAAGAGUGUUAUAGGAACUCCGGAGUUCAUGGCUCCAGAGAUGUAUGAGGAGCACUAUGAUGAGUCUGUGGACGUAUAUGCCUUUGGGAUGUGUAUGCUGGAGAUGGCUACUUCAGAGUACCCCUACUCUGAGUGCCAAAAUGCUGCUCAGAUCUAUCGCAAAGUCACAAGCGGUAUAAAGCCAGCCAGCUUUGACAAAGUAAAUGACCCAGAGAUCAAAGAGAUCAUUGAAGGCUGCAUUCGUCAGAACAAAAGCCAGAGACUCUCCAUUCGAGACCUGCUGAACCAUGCUUUCUUUGGGGAGGACACAGGCGUCCGGGUGGAACUAGCUGAGGAGGACACGGGCACCCAGGACUGCCUGGCUCUCCGAAUUUGGGUUGAAGACCCCAAGAAGCUGAAGGGGAAGCACAAGGACAACGAGGCCAUUGAGUUCAGCUAUGACCUGGAAAAUGAUAGUGCUGAAGAAGUGGCUCUAGAGAUGGUGAAAUCAGGCUUCUUUCAUGAAAGUGAUGCCAAGGUGGUCGGAAAAUCCAUCCGGGACAGAGUGAACCUAAUCAAAAAGUCAAGGGAGCGUCGACAGCAGCAGGUCCUUCAGCAGCAGGGCUUUGAAGAACGAAGAGACUCAACUCUCACUUCCUACACCUUUACUCAUCCAUCUUACCCAUCCUCACUGGUGCAAGGGGCAGCUGGACACACAGGAGACGGAGGGGGAGGUGGAGUGCAGGAGUCCGAGGAGCUUCCUGAAGUGGACCAACAUGUCAGGCAGCAAAAUAUUUUCAGUGGGGCAACCCUAAAUCUGCCAGAAGGGGAGAGCAUUGGAUCUGCAAGCUGUGAAUCUUAUGCAAGUGGACAGAGCCAGGCAUACUCUCUGCAAGGGGACUCAUAUACCCACUCACAGACCUCACUACCCACAGUUGCAUCUAGCACUGGUGCAUUGCCUCACCCUCAGAUGCCCCCCAUUGGUGAGAGUACAGGUGUUGCUACUGUACCUCUUGGGCCGAGUGUUAGUAUGACAAGCAUGUCCAUAGGACAAAGUGGAGGAGGACCCAUGGGUCAGACAUUUCUUCACUCCGGUACCGUGGUUCCGCAGUCACAAACAUUCCCAUCAGAUGUUUUUCAAACCGCCACUCCCCACGGAUCAGUUGCCCCUUCACAGUCAUACAUACCACCUGUUUCCCCACAGGCACCCAUUAAUGUUCUCACUGCAUCCAUGCCAGUCAGUGAUACUGCUGGACUAGCAAGGACAAUUGUGCCCCACGCUCAGCAGACCCAACACCCUGCCACUCCUAUGCAGAUCACUGACAUCAUUUCCCAGGCUGCACCCCAACAAACACAGUCUGUCGUGAUCCCCCAGCAGACUAUUGUCCCACAACAACAGAUGGGAAUGGAUCCCCAGACCUCCACCCUUCAUUUGCAGCAGCAGCAGCAGCCACAACUGCAAAUGGGGGGCCAGUCGGCUGAGCUUGAACAACAAGUUACUGCCGCUCAGCCUGCAACAGAACAGCAUCAACACAGCCUUUCAGCUACGUCCAUCGAGAAACAUCAGUCUGAGACUCAGCAGCAGAUCUGUGUACAGCAGUCUGCCCCACAUGUCCAGCCAGCUUCACAGCAGCAUGUGUUCACACCACAAACAGGUAUGGAGCAGCGAGCUAUGCAAUCAACAGGGGAUCCCUGUGAACAGAUAGUGCUACAAUCACAACAACAGCUUCAGCAACAGCAAACUUUGUUACAACAGCAGCAGCAAAAAGAGCAGCAGCAACAAGCUUUACUGCUUGAGCAACAUCAGCUGUAUGUCCAGCAACAGCUUGAUCAGCAACAACAAAGAGCACUGCUUCAACAGCAGCAGCAAGCCCAGCUACAGCAGCAGCAAGCGCUUAAACAAAAGCAACUGUUGGAUCAACAGCAACAGCAAGCUCUCAUUCAACAGAAACAAGAGCAGCAGCAACAAGGUCUUGGACCGCAAGAGCAACCAAUUUUUCAGCAUCAGUUAGAGCAACAACCACCAAAGCAACCUCCUUCACAGCAACAGAGUCAGUUAUAUCAACAAAUUGGACAGCGCCAAACUGGAACACAAAAGGAAACAGAGAAUCAGCAACAAAGUGGGCAAAACGAGCAACAAAUGUUAUUGCAGCAGCAUCCCCAGCAGACGCAGCAGCAGAAUGAACAACAACUGCAACAGCAGGCCUUAAUCCGGCAAAUGGAACAGCAGCAGGCACUGAUACAACAGCAGUUAAUGCUACAGCAGCAGCAGCAGCUUCAACAGAAAGCUCAGCUGCAGCAACAAGAGCAGCAACAAGCGCAACUCAAACAGCAGAUAGAGCAGCAGCAGCAAGCUCUGUUGCAACAACAGUUAGAGCAGCAGCGUCAACAGCAAGUCCUGUUACAACAGCAAGCAGAAAGAUUACAGCAACAGGCUCUGAUGAAUCAGCAGAUUAAAGAGCAGCAGCAAGCUUCCAUCAUUCAACUUCAGCAAACUGAAAAACACAAAGCUGUCCCUAUUCCACAAAGCAACAGUGAGCAGCAGAUUCAUCAUCAACCAACCGAUAUACAGCAGAUGUGCAUCCCACAACUGAACUCUACUCAGUUUACACCUCAUGCGUCUCAGCAACAGCUGAUAGAGCAACAGCAGCAAGUAGCACUGAUGCAGCAGCAGCAGGCAUUUGUUGCCCAACCACAGCAGCACACAUCUGUAAUGGAACCUCACAUAUCAGUUGGCGCACCAGUCAGUACUGAGGUAAUUCAUCACCAAACUCAUAUUAUAUCUCAGGGCCAAGUGCCCAUGACCAUUCCUACUACUGUUCAGACACCUGCAAGUGUCCCAGCGCAAAUCCUUACACAGCAAGGACAAAGUGAGGCUCAGCCCCAGAACCAAGGCCAGAGCCCAGCCAAGUUUAUAGCUCAGUCUGCAGCCCAAGCACCUCAAGCUAUGACAGAGGGCCAAGUAACUACCCCAUUAUCAUUGAUUCAGGGACACACACAAGUCAUCCAGAGCCAGCAGGUUCCUUCCCAAAGUAGUUACCCUGGGCCUGUUACUCCCACACAGAGUCAAGUAACUUCUCAGCCAAUCCAGGCUCAUCCUCUGACCACAACCUUUACUCAGUCACAGCCACUGCAUGGCCAGGUCCCAAAGGCUGAUGUUCAAAUGAUGGGCCAACAAAGUCAAACUACUGUCCAGCUUUCAGGUGCAGUUGCUUCAAUCCCCAGUCAGAUUCAACAUGAAACUCUUAUUCAGCAAAAUGCUCAAAUGCCAGCGCUCACCCAGCCCCAGAUCCAACAACAAACUCAAGGCCAGCAAGCUAGCCAGUUGCAUGCUCAGUCUGCUGCUGGUCCUUUGACCAGUCAGUAUGUCCCUCACCCUACCCAGCAAGCCAUACCACCUGUACAGUCUGAUAUAAUUCAUAUUACCCAACAGCUGGAACAACAGCACCCAGUAAUCCAGUAUCAGCAGAUGAUUCUGUCACCUGGCUCAGCUGGAAGUUGUGGAACUAAAACAGAUGGUCUCAGUUCAGUAGCUGCCCCUCUUCGUCCUAUACAGACCAAACAAGCACAAGUCCCAGGCCAAAGAUCACUACAUCCAGUUGUUCAGGGUGACCCUUCAGUAAUUCAGUCCAUCUGCCAGCCUGCUGUUCCUCAGUAUACUGAGCAGUACCAACAACAGCUGCAGAAGCUUUCUCACGUGCAGCAAUCUCUCGCCAUGCCACCCCCACAGACCCAGUUACCGGCACUGCCCAGCUCAACUCCUGUUCAGCAACCACUUCCUCUGAAACCAGCUUUGAUAACCUUUGACGAGACUCAGCUUCCCUCACAGUGUCAACCUACUUCACCUCUAAUGACGAUUGCUCCUGGACAAUUAGGCCCCAAUAAUGUGGUUGAGCCUCAGUCCCAGGGCAAGACCCUGUCUCUGUAUAGCCACCUAGUGCUAGGUGCCCCUCCUUCUCCACAGCACCAUCCCAAGCAGAUGCCACCAGCUCACACACAAACACAAGCCAGCAAUCAGGCCCAAGCACACUCUCAAACACAGAUGCACAGUCAGACACACUCUGAGACACCAAUAUCUGAGCAGCCUAUUUUGCCCCAUGCUGUCUUUCCUACACAGCAAGUGCCCCUAAGCCCUUUGCAUACCUCAUGUCCUUCUACACUAUCAUCUCUUACAUCCCUGCCAUCCACCUAUCCUGCUGCUGCCCCUGCUCCAGAGCUGCCUACAUCUUCACCAGCAGCCCAGGUAACCUUACCAGGGCAAGUUGACUUUAUACCCACCUCCCCUCUGCCUGUUACUACUCUACAAUCACUUGAUUCUAAUGUCCCCAAACCCAAACUGACCCAAGGCUCGCUGCAAGACUGUGACCUUUCCCUGCUGGGCAUUGCUCAGGAUGGUCCUUGUAAGACAAGUGCAGAUCGUCAUUCUUCAUCAGGGUCUAUACCAGCCAGUGGCGAAGACCCCUUGCAGCUCUUGGCGAAUGGAAAGUUAGAGAAACUUAAGUCUCAGAGACGAGCUUCUAGCCAGAAGGCUGAGAAACACCAGUUUCAACUGAGCAUGCUUCAGGUGUCCGGCUGUGGGGACAAUAUGGUGGACUGUCAGUUGGAGACUCACAGCAACAAGAUGGUGACAUUUAAGUUUGACAUUGAAGGGGAUGCACCCGAGGACAUAGCAGAUUACAUGGUGGAGGAGGACUUUGUCCUUGAUGUGGAGAAAGAAAAAUUUGUUGAGGAGCUCAGAGCGAUAGUUAAGAAAGCCCAUGAAAUUCUUCAGACACAUUCAGAGACUGGAUUGACUGACCAGUUACAAGUCAGCACUCCCACUUACUCCAUGGACCCAGUGCCCCAUUCCUCCCCAGUGGGACGUUGGCGGUUCUUUAUCAACCAGACUAUUCGCCACAGAGACUCUCUUUCCAGUCAGGGAGCAACCACACCAUCACCCACUGCAGAGACAAGGAUUCCCCAGUCUCCUCAAAGAGAGAAAGAAAGUGAAGGAUCCCAAAGUCUGGAGUCCUUGACUGGAAUGGGCUCUCCUUCCUACCCCACCCUUUCUGCCACCUCCCCCCCAGACUCCACUGUUUCAGCACCUACCUCCAUGAGCCCCUCUGCUACCGCAGCCCCUACUCAUCACACAGCACCUGAAACCAGGCCUGGACCAGUCUCUGUCCCUGUCACCACCUCAACUGGCCUUAUCUCAGCUUCUGCUGACCAAAUUUCUAUCGCUCCUUUAACUAUAGCAACACCUGCUGCUGCUCCUGAUGCUAACCUCACCAGCUUGUCCACUGCUCCUGCUGUUGUGUCUCCCUCACCCAUCACUAUUCAUCCUGAUAACCUGACUUCUCCUGGAACCAGUGUUUGUUCCACUGCGAGUCAAAGUGUAGAUGAUACUCUGAUCUCUGCUUCAAGGCCCCGUAUGUCUGCCGUGGACCAAUCUUCAGCCUCUUUUCAUUCCCCUUCUCCUGCUGUAGUCAUCCCUUCUACUGUAAGCCAACUUGGCAUAGAGCAGCAGACAUACACCCAAGUAGCCCAACCAGCCCCACAACAACCACACCAACAGCUACAGUCUGCAUCACAGCAGCAAGUACCAUCACCACAACAGAAACUGCAGUCCCAACAUCAGGUGUACCAAGAACAAGUACCACUACAGCAGGAACGAGCACUUCAGCAGUCUCUCCAGCAGUUGCAUCAGCAGCAGCUAAUUCAAACACAAAUACCACUUCAACAACAGCUGACUGAGGUGCAGGGAAUGUCUCAGCAUUGUCAUUCAGAGGUGUUACAACAGUCUCUGCCUCUGCCACCUUUUCCUCAGCAACCAACCGAUCAACCCCUUGUUCAACAGCAGACAUCAAAGUAUGCCCCACAGUUGCUGCAGCAGCCUCAGUUACAGCAGUUACAACAGCAGAUUAUGAGUCCUGCUGGUCCACUGCCCCCCAAACAAGCCCACAUUGAUCAACAACAGCAGCAACAGUUAAACCUACAACAGACAUUACACUUACAGCAGCAGCAAAUGGUGCAGCAGCAGCUACAGCAGCAACAGCAUCAGAUGUUUAUGGGUGCUGCAAUUUUGAAACCAGAUCAAAACCAAAUGCUGCCCCAAUCAGUUAGUCAGCAGUUUCUUCAACAGCAGGCACAGCUAAAUGUUUGCCCAGUACCACAACAGCAGGCCCCACAACAAACCCAAGUGCCUGUUGAGCUGUUAUCACAACACAUACAGGCACAGAAACAAUCACAAUAUACUGAGCAGCAACAGGAGAUGGUUAAAGCUGUGGACACACCCCUUAAACAGCUGCAGUUUCCACUACAGAAGCAGUCCUCCUUACAGAUGUCAGAGUCAGAGGUGUCCACGGGAGAGACAAGUGUUACAGAGGACACAGGGAGUUAUUCUGCCCCCUUUCAUCCCUCCUCUGACUCCUCUCUGCCACCUCUGCAUCUGGGUACUGCUGAAACCCCCAUACCCACAUUCUCCCACGUAAUGACGCCAUCCCCUGUUCAGCCUUCCUCCGUAGCCGAGUCAGACAGUGAAGGCCCCCCCAAAAUUGAAUUUGUAGACAACCGCAUAAAAACCUUGGAUGAAAAGCUAAGGAAUUUGUUGUAUCAGGAGUACAGCAGUGGGACAGCACUGGCUGGGGGAGCUACCUCUGGCCCAACAUCAGCUGCCUCCACAUCAGCAGGUGGUGAUGAGUCAUCAGAGCCACAGUCAAUCCACCACUCAUCUUUCCCCCCACCUGCCUCCAUCUCAGAUACUUCCCCACAGUCCUCGUCCUCCACUACUUCCUCCACCACCUCACGUUCAUCUUCCACCUCUCCUGACCCAGAGAGAGAAGGAGGUGGAGAGAAAGCUUCCAAAGAGGUGCCCAACUCUAUGGAGUUGGACCCAGUGGAGCAGCAGCUUGGCCCAUCACUCCUCACCACCUCUGUCUCAUCCAGCCCACCUACCCCUCUUCUGCCUCCCAAUCAGGAUGACUCUGCUGGGCCCCAACGCCCACCUGUACCAGGAGAACCAACCAUUCUUGCUGUACCCUCACAUUCUGACACCAGUGCCAUUGGAGAUGCAUCAUGGCCCCCCAAUCAACAACCGAUCCCCCUCCGGCACGGACAGCAGCAGCACAAUGCAGGAGGUGGAUAUUUUGGCCUAAACCUGACAUGUCCUAGUAUCAGAAAUCCUGUUAGCAAGAAAUCCUGGACUCGAAAAUUCAAAAACUGGGCAUGCAAACUGCGUCACUCCGCCAGCUUGUUCAAGAAGCCCAGAGUCCAGCAAGAAGCAGAUUCAAGCAGUCAUCUGUUUAAAGAUGAGAAGGCAGGAGCACUACUUAAUCCACCUUCUAAAGGACGUUUUCAGGUGACUCCAGUGCCCCAGACCUCUCCUCCAAAGGAUCAACCAUCAGGCCAUGGUGGCACUCACAGAAAAGUUGGCCGUUUCUCUGUGACCCAGACUGAGACUAAGAAAGAUGACAGGCAGACUGACAGCUCGCCAGUGUCUCCUGAUUUGGUGAGGGAGAGGAGGAAAUCUCGGGCAAAGGAAGGAGAUAAAGAAGAAAGUAAGAGAACUCCAUCAAUGGCCCACGCUCCUCGAGGUCCUGGCCACAGCCACUCACCCCUUGGAAGCAGUGAUGAUGAUGAUGAGAGUGAGCUGGAGGAUGAAGACCUGCGAAGAGAAUUACACAAGCUCAGAGAAAAGCACAUCAAAGAGGUGGUCUCCCUUCAGGCUCAGCAGAACAGAGAGCUCCAGGAGCUGUACAGGCAGCUUCGUUCCCUCAAAGACCAAAGACAGAGUCUGCCUGCCUCCCUAUCUCGUACCCCUCCUCUUCCUGCAGCGCCCCCUGCCCUCUCACCUCGCAGGCCCAGGCCAACCAAAACAAAGUUUCGGCCCAGGCCUCACUCUCACGUAGACAACAAUGGAGUUACACAUGCUGGGAUUCAGCAGUCAAGCAGCUUUUCAGGUAGUGAAAAGAAUAGGCUGUCACUGUACUGCAAGCCAGAGCACCUUACUACGCUACCUGCUAAAAGAGAUCACAGUCCUCUAAGAAAAAGUACAUUCACAGAUGAACUGCACAAACUUGUUGAUAAUUGGACAAAGGAGACAGUAAGCACCACCCCGCCUAAGCCUUCACUGAAUCAAAUUAAGCAGAUUCAGCAGGUGCAGGAGUUGGGAGGCUGGAGCCAGGGAACUGAGGUGGCUCCCCCAGGUUGGUUUCCAGUGGCACAGGCGCCCACAACCCCUGCAAGUUUGAAUGUGGCAGCCUCUUCCCAUUACACGGGUGGAGGAAGCCUGUCCACCCUGCACUCUCCAGGACCUCCACCACAAACACACAUGGCUCAAGUCCCACAGAUGCAGCAAAGUUUACACCUUCAUCAGUCUCUCCCCCUCCAGCAGAUUAGCUACCCACAGUCCCAACUCUGCCAGCAGAUACCACAGCCCCUGAUGCAAACUCCCAUGCAGUCUCAGUCUUUGUCACAGACACCACCCAUCGCCCAGCCUCAAAGCCAACCGCUGCUGCCUUCCCAAAUGCCCACAUCACCAGUGUCCACAGCUACAUCUUUGCUGCCUGGUAGUGGUACCGCUGCACCCACAGAUAGCGCUGCUGCUGCUGGUGGGGCAUUUUGCUCCUGUUCCUCACCCUCUUCCACCUGUUCCUCAUCUUGCUCUACUGCUGCUCUACCUACCAGUGCCAAAAUUCACCCAACACCCCCCACCUCUACUCUUCCUCUGGGACAGAAAUGAAACCAGGUGAAGUGUGAGGCCAAUAUGAAGGUCCAAGAGAUGGACGUAAAGCAGAUCCAUUUAGAGUGUUAGUUCUGUGUACGUGUGAGAGAGUUGUGACUGCAAUGACAUAUGGGUUCUAGUGUACUUGUGGAUGUGAUGGGAAAUGAAUGUGAAAGAAAGGUGAUAGGUUGUAGUAUGUACAGGCAGAGGGUAAUGUGAAGCAUGGCUGGGGUUUCUGAAUCAGUAUUGAGCUGUAUAAAGUCUUUGAUGUAUGAGUGUGUGCAUUUAUGAGUGUGGGUGGAUUAUUUGAGUACAUAUCACUUCUGUCUUUGGACGCAAAAUAACAUUAACGUUUUUGUUUGCAAACCAACUCAGCGGGACCUGAAAUCUCCCUAAACAGAGACGAGAAGGACAAAAUAUUUGACGGUGUUGACAUUUUUCUUUGGAUUUGUCAAUGCUUACAGUGAAAGGACUAUCAAUUUUUAAAAGUGCAAUUAGUAAUGAUCAUCUAAAUUGAUCAGCACGUAUUGUUUUCAUUUGUCUUUAAGGCAUAAAAUAUUUUUGUAGAAGCACAAUGAUUAAUACCUGACGCAUAGGGGAUUUUUUUCAUCAUAUUUUAAAACUGUAAGCCUACAGAUCAAGUGUUUCAAAGGCAAUCAGAAAAAAAAAAACCCAAACUGACAGCAGCAUGUUUCAGAGGUCAGCACUUAUCUGGCUAUCCAUUUAACCGCAGUGCAACCAAACACACUGUCGAGGUGUCGUGUACCUGUACAGCAUGUGCUUGAUUUUAUAUUGUUUUAUGUUUGUAACAAAAUUAAUAUGACCAGAUGAACCCAUAAUAUGAUGGUAAAUUCAAAGCUGCCAUCUCUGUUCAGUAAAUAUUUGGGUGCAUUCAACCCAGGACUGCAUGAUUUUAUGGCUGGCUUGACUUGCCUAAUGCAAACUGCUUGCACUUGCUGUAUAUUCAUGAAUCUCACAGUUACUGUUUGCAGCCCACUGAGGUAACAAGUCAUAUACAUUUGCUUUCAAUAUGAUAUGAUUUCACAUUUGACAUUUUCCUUUAUUUCUGCUGCAUAUCAUCUAUACCAGUGCUGAAGAGGAAGAUUUAAAAGGAAAAGAAAAAAACUGCCAAGUUAUCAUUAACUAAAUUAUAAAGGUAUUCUCAUAUUGCCUUUUUCUAAAAAUACUGCAUUUUUGUGAGUGUGUGAGUUAAUUUUUUUCUGUGUGACAAAGCUUUGUAAUAGUCCUGGUAUAUUGCAUUAAUUCAUGCAUCAAAGCAGCCUCUCAAAUGUCACUGUAUUCAAGUGGAAUUGUUUACGCUGCCUAUGUUUUAGGCUUACUUUCUAAAAAAAAAAAAAGAAGAAGAAGAAAAGGAAAACAACAGAAACAAAACAAGUGAGCUCUUCAGUCAUACACCAGUUCUAAGUUUGAUGUUCAACACCAAUGUGAGAUCCUCACAUGCUCAUGUGUCAGCUUUGUUUGGCAUUGUACAAAUUCCUUGUUUCAAUUGUGAGCAGUUUAAUUAUUAAAUAUAGCCUGUUUGAAUUCAAUGAUCAGAAGAUGAAUUGUGGGCCACUGUGCUUUAUGCACACAAUUAAAGGUUUACUCGAGUCAAACAUCCUUCAUUUCUUGAUUUCUAAACUCAUUUUGUAGAUGCAGACAUUCAGAGUAAUAUAUCAGCAGCAGAUAUAUUACUGUACACUCUGACAGCUUAUCAGCCAUACACACAUUAGACCAUCGAUGGUUAGGUGUUAAUACAUUUUUUUGGUCUAAUAAAUAGCCAGUAGUCAAAGCAGUAUUUCUGAUUUAUUAAUAAUAGAUUGUGUGCCACAGAAAACGGGAGAUUUAACAGACAAAGACUGCUAAAUGUAAAUUAAAGGCAUGAAACAUGAGUGGUUAAGAGGAAUAGUUCAUGCUAAGUGGUAUGGUUGUUCAGAAGCGGCAUAAUCUAGAAUAUAAAUUCACAGUACUCAGUAUUUGUUGCUUUUCAAGACUACCCACAUUUUCACAGAGAUGUACUGUAGUUCAUUAUUAGUGAAGGUGUGUGUGUCGUCAUGUCUGAUACUAACAUGCAUCUAACAAGCUACAGCUUAAUGAUUAUGACUCAUGAAGAGAAGCUGACUUUGUCCUUGAAGUGUUACCAAAAUGUUAUCAAAAAGACAAAGAUUAUUUUUGUAUUUUGGAAUGAGGUUGUACAAAUUGUAAAAUUGUGUUAUCCCCGCUACAAAUCAGAGGUUAUUUGAAACUAGAAAACUGGUUUUCAUCCAUGUUUACAUGGGACUCCCUGUCUUGCUUUAACUCUGACAGGUGAAGCUCACUCCAGAUCAUAUUCAGAUCAUUUUUGGUUAUUUUGCCACCAUAUUUUAGUUUUGAACGACUGCAGCCCAGAUGAUACAUAAAGUAAUGCCACCUCACCUUCCUACUGAGCUUUAGGUCACAUUAAAUUAAAUUAAAUUGAAAUUAAUACAAAUUAAACAGAGAAUCUGGGGGCUCCCAAAAUGACACAAUUGAGAGCCAUGGUUAAAAAGUACAUUUGGGCAGAAAAGGAAACUAAAGGAAUAAUGUAUGUUGCAGGUGAUUUAGCCUCUGUAAAUUGUAACUAAUUCAUCUGUUGAUUUUAUUUAUGUUUUGUAACUAAUCAAAAUAAAUGAUGUCAAACAUCAAAUG